GUGGAUGCCCAGGGUGGCCAGUAUGGCAAUGUACUACAAGCAGCCGCUCGGGCUGGGAAUGAAUCAGUUGUUCGCCUUCUCCUCGAGCGUGGGGCAAAGGUAAAAGCUCAGGGUGGCCAAUAUGGCAAUGCGCUACAAGCAGCUGCAGCAGGAGGGAACGAAUCGGUUGUGCGUCUUCUCCUUGGUAAUGGCGCAGAUGUGGCUGCUCGUGGGGGCCAUUGCGGCAAUGCACUGCAAGCAGCUGUAGUAAGGAGGAACGAAUCAGUUGUACGGCUUCUCCUCAAAAAUGGCGCAGACGUGAAUUCUCCGGAGGGCCGUUAUGGUACUGCCCUAUGUGCAGCGGUUCAUGGGCGGAAUGAAUCGAUAGCGCGCCUUCUCCUUGAGCACGGGGCAGAGCUGAACACUCAGGGAAAUACACUACACGAAGCAGCAGUACGGGGGAGCCGAUCGGUCGUGCGGUGUCUCCUCGACCAUGGGGCGAAGGUGAAUGCUGAGCAUAAGAGUUAUGGAAAUGCGCUCCAUGCAGCUGUCGUGGGGGGCGAUGGAUCGGUCGUGCGUCUUCUCCUUGAUCACGAUGCAGCCGUAAAUGCUCAGGGUGGCAGUUAUGGCAAUGCACUCCAAGCCGCUGCAGCGAUUGGGAACAAACAUGUUGUGCAGCUUCUCCUCAAGAGUGGGGCGGAUGUGAAU